AUGCGUUUCAUUGCCCACCUUACAGUUGUGGCUGGAGUCGCGAGCACUGUCGUCGCUCUGCCGGCAGAAAGUAAUUACAAAGACGAGCAUCAUGGCGACCACGGCCAUGAUCAUGAAAAACCAAUGGACAGGCACUACAAGGUGUCCUACGAUCCUCGACCAUUCUACCUCAUUAAUAACAUGACCGACUCUCCUCUCAAGAAGAAACUGAAAUCGUGCGAGAAUGGCCCCUUUAGCAUCAGUGGCUUCUCAAUUGGUCAUCGUGGAGGCGCAACUCUUCAAUUCCCAGAAGAGACUGUCGAAAACACAAUUGCAGGUGCACGAAUGGGCGCUGGUAUCCUUGAAUGUGAUGUCGCCUUCACAAGUGAUCGCCAAUUAGUUUGUCGUCAUUCCCAAUGCGAUUUGCAUACAACCACCAACAUACUCUUGCACCCCGAAUUGGCUGCCAAGUGCACCACUCCUUUCACACCUGCGAAUGCGACAUCCCCUGCUCAUGCCCUCUGCUGUACCAGCGACAUUACCGUGGACGAAUACACAAGUCUGUGCGGUAAGCAAGACGGCUUUAAUGCCAGCGCGACAAACGUGGAAGAUUACCAGCACGGAACACCAGACUGGCGAACAGAUCUCUACGCAACCUGCGGCACAGUCAUGACUCUAGACUCGUACAUCACACUGGUGGAAUCCAUCCCCGGCCACCGCAACUACACUCCCGAGCUCAAGACCCCCCCAACACAAGUCGCCAUGCCCUUCAACGGCUACACGCAAGAGCAGUACGCCCGCGACAUGAUCGACAAGUUCAUCGCGCGCAACAUCUCCGCCGACAGAGUCUGGGCCCAGAGCUUCAACCCCCCAGAUGUAUACCAGUGGAUAGCAGAGUACCCCGAGUAUGGCAACCAAGCCGUCUUCCUCGACGAGGACGGUGACACGCCCGAGACUCUCCCCGCCGCCUCCUCCCUCGAGCGCCUCUCGGCCAUCAAAGCCAAAGGCGUGAAUAUCAUCGCCCCGCCCUUCGGGUACCUCCUCACCACCACGGCGGACAACAAGACCAUCAUCCCGAGCACGUACGCCAUCUCUGCUCAGCAGGCUGGCCUUGAUAUCAUCCCUUGGACGAUUGAGCGCUCGGGUCCGCUCGCGGAUGUGAGGAAGGAUGGGGAGUAUUACUAUGGGUUCUUUGCACAGGGCGUGGAGUCUGAUGGCCAGCUUUAUGAGGUGCUGGAUGUGCUGGCGAGGCAGAUUGGGAUUAAGGCCAUAUUCUCGGAUUGGUCGAGUACGGUGGGCUUUUAUGCGAACUGUUUUGGGUUGGGAUAUGGCGGGUUCUUGGGUGUGGAGUGA